AAGGAAAAAAAAAAAAAAGAAAAAAAAAAGCACUUUCUUUGCUUGUUCACAAAUUAAAAAAUCAACCUAGAAGAUCCGUGAGAUUCUGAACGAAAUCUGUCGGAUCUUGCUUUCCAAACUGUCAGAUUUUCCAAAAGGAUUUUGUACCCUCCAUGAUUUUGAUGGCUUCCCCAUUUAUAACUCCCACACCCUCUUCACAAUUUUCAUCACCACCAUCACUUUCUUCAUCUUCUGGUUUCCAUAGAGAUUUUCUGAUAUGGGUAUGGCUGCUGCUGAAGCUCAAUUCCAUGUCUUGGCUGUUGAUGAUAGCCUUGUUGACAGAAAGCUCAUUGAAAGACUCCUCAAAACUUCUUCAUAUCAAGUUACUGCAGUUGAUUCAGGAAGCAAAGCUUUAGAGUUUCUGGGUUUGUUUGAAGAAGAUGAUCAACUGCUAGGUGAUCCAGAUAGCCCCUCUGUUUCCCCGAAAAAUAUAAAUCAUCAGCCGGAUUUGGAAGUAAAUCUGAUUAUCACAGAUUACUGUAUGCCUGGAAUGACUGGUUAUGAUCUACUAAGAAAGAUCAAAGAAUCUAAAUCUCUGAGAGAUAUACCAGUUGUUAUAAUGUCUUCAGAGAAUGUUCCUUCAAGAAUCAACAGAUGUUUGGAAGAAGGAGCAGACGAAUUCUUUUUGAAACCAGUUCAGAUGGAAGAUGUAAGCAAGCUUAAGCCCCAUUUGAUGAAGAGUAAAGCUAAAGAAUACCAACCAAACAUCAACAAGAGAAAAGGCAUGGAAGAAAACCAGUUAUCUGAUCAGAGAACAAGAACAAAAUAUAAUGAUUUAGAAGAAAGUUGUCUCAAUUGUUCAUCUUUCUAAAUAGUAUUUAAAUCCUGUAGAUACUUUUCUUUUUUUUCCUUCUCUUUUUCCUUUUAAUUUUUGUCCCUUUAAAGCUUUUGGAAAAUACAGGCUUAUUGGGUGCUUAGAUUAGAUUCAGUGAAGGGAAAUUGAGAGAUUUUUUUUUUCCUUUUUUUUUUUUUUUGGAUGUAAAUGCAAGAAAAAGAAAAGUAAUUCAUUCAAUUUUGAUGGCUGAUCGAUAAAAUAUUUGACUCUUUCUACAAGUUUUGUUCUCGUUUUCCUGGAACUUUCACUUGGCCAUAUAAAAUUAAACCAUAAAUAAAAAUGCUUUUUUUUUUUUUUUUUAAAAGAAAUAAAAAGCAUUUUUAAGUGGUCCUGGGUCAUAAUGGGCUUUGUGGGUGAAUCCACUAUUAGGGUCAAUUCAUUGGAGAUCCAACCCAAUAAGUUUAGAUCCAAACAUUGGUUUUUUAACAUGCCAGAGAUUUCCUAUGGAUGGUGUUAAAAUUUUAAUGGAGUGAACAAGAAAAAUUUUAUUUUUUAUUUUUUGGGUAUAAUUUUCAUACUUUUUAUAACAAUUAAUUAAUAAAAAAGGACUUUUAUUUUUGUUUGUUUUGGAAAUACAUUUAAAAGAUGAAGUUGCUUAUAAAAUUACCAUAAAAAAAACAUUUAAUUUGGUUCCAAACUCCUGCAAAUUUGCCGAAAUAUUUUGAUAAUUGAAAAAAGAAAAAAACAGCAAAAUGGUGAACAUAAGGAUCCAAAAAAAAAAAAAAAAAAGAAAAA